AUGCUCCAUGAGACUUUAUUUGGAGCGAUAGAAGUGAACGAUGAAGACUAUUUAUAUUAUUAUAUUGUGGAUAAAUGUUCUUUGACGACGCAUCAGUUAAAGCUGGAUGUUAACACAACAAAACAUUGUUUUUGGUAUAACUUGCAAUACGUUUACAUCUUUAACGUCACGUUUGGCAAUAUCUUCAGAUUUGACUUAAGAAAAAAGGUAACAGUUUAUAAGUUUUUUUAAAUUCUACAACUUAAUUUUUUAUUGUAUUGAGUAUAGUAAGCAAGAUUUUUUUCGUAGUUUAACGGUCGUUGUAACGGUAUGCCAACCUUUGUAGACAACAGAAUACUGUGUUUGUUAAAUAUGUGUAAUUUGGUUUUUCUUUUUCAUAUUUUAUUUCUUUCAGCACAUUGACUGCUUUUACCUUUCCAGCAACAUGCAGUUGCCAUGUCAAUCGUCAUGUAGUAAUCUCUUGAAGGAGGUUGAAGGUCAUGAGUAUCGGUACAAUAUCUUAGAACCGGAGUAUCAUCAAAUUAUGUCAAUUUUGAAGAGUACUAAUGAGUUUCCUGCGAUGUUGUCGACGUUGUACUACGGUUAUGCCAUUUCAGUUGUCGGUGAGGGUACAGACAUUUACAAAGUCGAUCAAGAUGGCCUAAAACAAAAAAAGUUUAAAAAGAAAGUGGUUCAGGCAGGUUAUUUUUCAAAUAAUACAUGAGUUUGUGACGAAGUAAUUGCAGAAAUAGGAUACGAUAUUCGAAUUAGAGGUAUUUUUAACAGUAUUUUUGUAUUUUAGGUAUCUUGUGGCAAUGGCCAUAUAAUUAUGUUAUGUUCUGACAACUCUGUCUACUGUUCUGGUAUGGGAAGUAGAGGCGAGCUGGGACAAGAACAGAUUGUACCACAUUCAGACGAGCCCUUACUGGUGCCGAUUCCAUUUGAAGAUGAUAAUGAGAAGAUCAUUAAAGUGAGGGCGGGCGGAUGGCACAAUGUGGUGCUGACUGACGCUGGUAACGUAUACACAUGGGGGUUGAACGACCAGGAUCAAUGUCGCCAUGGAAGUCAGGUGGGUUAUAUCACCGUCACUUUAGUUUGUCGUACUGUAAUUUCUUUAAAAAUGCUGGUAGGAUACUGUAGAAUUGGUUCUAGCGCGGGUUUUAAAACAGUUAAUAAGGCCAUGUGUAGUAUUGUACAGAGGCCAUGUGUAUUGAAAGGUACGGUAGCUGAGACAUUUUAGGUUACAAUACAAAAGAUGCCUUGUUUUGUGGAGCUUCAGAAGCGGGUUCAUGAUAUCGGAGCAGAUCAGAAGUCUACCUUUAUUACUUACGUCUAA